GCAGAAAGUCGAAUGCUGGUCUUCAAGAACGACACUUUUAUACCUCUAUCCUUGUUUUUGAGCUCUUUGGAUUGAGCAUCAGAUUGCAAGCCAUGCACUCAAGUUCGUGUCCCGGUCUCAGCACCCAGCUCUUCCUCUUCCUUAUCCCCAGCCUCCAUUCCAGAAGACGUCUUCUUCAGCAGUUCUCCUGAAGACAAGAGGAACUUCUUGGCUGAGAGUGACGAGUGCAGCAGUGAGGAGGACCUUUUAGACCUCUGCCCUUCCCUGAGAGAUUCUGAAUAUUUCAGAGACCUGCAACUCGGAUCAACCGAGCCACCGAUCACACAACCUAGGGCCUUGAACGCACCCGACAAGAGUUCUGCUUCUUUGAUACCUCUUCUGUCCACACCAGCAAGUGAAUCCGACCAGGAUUCCACAGAGUCAGAGACCCAGCAACUUUUGCAGAUAGACCACACUUUGAUUUCAAGCAUGGAUCGCUUGAUUGCUGUCAAAACCUCAGAGUCUCAGGAUUAUCCGGCGUCUGACCAAGAUGAGGACUUAGACAUGGAUACCUUUCCUAUAUUGGUUAGAUCCAUGUCCACAUCUCGUAGGCACAGCUGGGAAUGUCCAGUGUCUCCGAUUGAUCUUGGAAGAAGGUUCAGCUUAGACACUGCCGGCAUUGACAGUGAUGGGGAAAGAGAGGUCCAGUGUCUGGCCAAAAGUUCCCUUUUACCAUCUUCCUCCUUCUCCGAAAGUUCAGUGGAAGAAGCAACCAGUGCUGUUGAAAGUGAAAGUCCCAAAACACAACGACAGCAGUCUUCCACACCAACAAAGACUAUUUAUUCCAGAUCUGAGAUUCUAGCGACUGAUGAAAAAUCACAAGCUGAAAGAGUAUCCCGAAUACUGGAGACUUCCAAGCAGGCUGCCAGAGAGGCUGGAGAAGAGCAGGAGUCUGAAGAGGGGCUGCAGUCUGGAGAGGGUCGGAGUCACGUGACGAAACGCAGAAAUUCAAGCAUUGACAGAAAAGAGGGGACUGGGAACUUCACAUGGUAUGAGUUUCUGGCCCAUGAAAAUGACGAUGAAGAGGAGGAUCGGCCGGAGCGUCCAGAAAGAGGCACCAAAGUGAAGCGGACUCUGAGUUCACUGAGGAACCGCAUGACUGGAUCCUUCAACAAAGACAAAGGUAAGACUCGUGAGAAAGAGCAGCACAAAGAAAAGAGCCGAGAGAGAGAAAAGGACAAAGAGAAAGAGAAAGAGUUGAGCGAGCGUGUGAAAGUGCGCCGGCGCAGCGUCAGCGGCCACCAACUCGUGCCCGGAUCUUUCUCCAGCUGCGCCACAUGUUCACUUUGCAGCAAAACCCUGCAGAGGAAGCAUGGCUUGCAGUGUUUGAACUGCGCUGUGAACGUCCAUAAGAGCUGCAAGAACCUGCUGCCCGAGUGCAAGAGCAAGGCGAAAGAUUCAGCGCAGAAGACGUCAAACGGCGCAGCUCAGUUGAAUAGUCAAGCUCUGAGAGACCCCUGCGCUGCUCUGACCCCCAUCGAUGGCUCGUCUCGCUUGUCCCGCUGCGCUGCAGGUAUGACCGUCCCACACAAAGGCCCCAGCGCUCAGCCCACCGCCUCAAGCAACCCCUCUGCCAGCCAGAACAGCAGCAGCAGCGGCUCCAUCACAGGAGAGAUGGAUGAGAUUGAUGCUUUCAGAGUGAGACGUCCUGCUGAUGACACCGUCUCUCUGGCCUCCACAGUGCCCGAAUCACUCAUCGUUGAAGAUGCACAUUAUGCCACAGUACGGAGUGAACUGGAAGCCCUCGCGCAAGACUUCGAGGUGGAGUCCUGGAGUCUGGCUGUGGAUCAGAACUUCUUAAAGAUGCAUUCGAAGGAAACAGUCAAGAGACAGGAUGUUAUAUAUGAGCUCAUCCAGACGGAGAUCCACCAUGUGCGGACGCUGAAGAUCAUGCUCCGCGUUUACGCUCGAGAGCUGCGGGAGGCCUUACAGCUGGACGACCGCAGGGUGGACUGUCUGUUUCCCCGGCUGGACAGCCUGCUGGAGCUGCACAACCACUUCCUGUCCCGUCUUAGAGAGCGACGUGUAGAGUCUCUGCAGCCGGGCAGCGAACGCAACUACGCCAUCAAUAAACUCGCAGAUAUUCUUAUAUCCCAGUUUUCGGGAGAGCUCGGAGAGCGCAUGAAGGAAAGUUAUGGGGAUUUCUGCAGUCGACACACUGAAGCGGUCAACCACUACAAAGAGCAGCUGCAGAGCAACAAGAAAUUCCAGAACCUCAUAAGAAAAUUAAGUAAUCUGUCAAUAGUGCGACGGUUAGGAGUCCCAGAGUGCAUCUUGUUAGUGACACAGAGAAUAACCAAGUACCCUGUGCUUCUGGAGCGCAUCCUACACAACACUGAAGCCGGGACAGAAGAGCAUGAAGGAUUGGCACAAGCUCUGGGUUUAAUUAAAGACGUAAUUGUUCAGGUGGAUGCUCAGGUCAGUCUCUAUGAGAAGGAAACGCGGCUCAGGGAAAUCGCCUCCAAGAUGGAGCCCAAAUCCCUUGGGAAAAUUAAAGACGGACGUGUCUUCCGUAAGGAGGACCUCUCUCAGGGCCGCCGGAAGCUCUUGUUUGAGGGCACGGUCAACUGGAAAGCUGCGUCUGGUCGACUUAAAGAUAUUCUAGCACUGCUUCUUACUGAUGUUCUCGUUUUGCUCCAAGAGAAGGACCAGAGAUAUGUCUUCUCAACUGUGGACAACAAGCCGUCGGUCAUUUCUCUGCAGAAGUUAAUUGUGCGUGAGGUGGCUCACGAAGAGCGGGCAAUGUUCCUCAUCUGCGCUUCCUCAAAUGAACCUGAGAUGUACGAAAUCCACACUGCCUCAAAAGAAGACCGCAACAUAUGGAUCACCCAUAUCCGUCAGGCAGUGGAGAGCUGUCCGCAUACUGAAGAGAGAUUGUUCAGUGAGGAAGAGGAGGCCAGAGUCGCCCGCGUCAGAGAGUACCAGGAGCGUCUGGCACUGAAGGAUGCUCAGAUAUCUCAGAGUCUGUCGGAGAAGCUGCAGUUGUUUGCGGAGCUGUCUGAAUGUGUGGCCGGUCUGGAGGACUCAGGCUCCCGCUCUCGUCUGCUCCUCCGCGGAGACGCAUCUGACCUCCAGCAGGGGGAGACGCUUCUCAAAGCAGCCAUCACUGAAGUGGAGAACCUGCAGAACCUCCUGACGUCUAGAGUUCGGGGAACAUCAGCACAGACCGAAGGAAGCCAGAGUCCAUCCUUGAGUUUGCUUCCACGCAGAGCCGACACAUUCGGCGGAUACGACAGCAAUUCUAGCAUACUGCCUAAGAAUGGCAGCAUUAAGAAGAAGGGUCCCGGAGCAGGCGGCAGGACGAGAGAUAGGAGUCAGCGGGCCAGUUCUGACCCACAGCUCAAAGAGGUGUUCUCCUGUCAGGACCAUGAUGAGCUGGAUGAGGCUUCCUCACCUGCCAGCACCAACAUGUGGUCCUCGUGUAAACUUCCUGAAUCAGAGUUGUAUGAGCAUGUGCUGCUGCUUUCCCAGAGACUCUACAGUUUACAGGCCAUAAUCUCCCAGCAAGACAGCCACAUCGAGCUCCAGCGGGCCUCUAUCCUCACGGCUGAGCGGGAGCGGCCUGGCAGCCGAACCCGCGGCACCGACGUGCUCCUGGAGCAGGAGAAGCAGCGCAAUCUGGAGAAGCACCGUGAGGAGCUGGCCAAUUUCCAGCGGCUACAGAGCCAGCAUCGACAGGAGCAGGCGCGCUGGGAGCGAGAGCGCGAAAAACAGAGGCGACAGGCAGAAGCCGACCAGCAGAGGCUGAAGGAGAGAGAGGAGGAGUGCAGGAGGCUGGAGACACGGCUGGCCGAGGAGAGACUGGAGUUGGAGAGACAGAGACAGACCUACCAGCAGGACCUGGAGAGGCUGAGAGAGUCCACGCGCGCAGUGGAGAAGGAGAAAGAGCGUCUGGAGCAGCAGAGGAAGCUGAAGAAGCACAACACUGUGCCCAAUACUGCAGCGCUGUACACACAGGAGCUCACACAGCUUUCCACUUCCUCCAGCUUCAACGGUGAGCUUCUGCUGGGUGGAGCAGGAGAGCAGACGCACCCCCAGAAGUCUCUCCUGCGGGCCACUCUCUCGGCAUCUCCUGCAGACUAUCCGGAGCAUCCCGAAGUCCACUCGCGCAGAGAGAGCUCCUGCAACACCCUGCCUGCCAAGACAGAGGUUCCCAUCCAUCUCAUCAGCACCACCAACCAGCUGCACAAGCAGGGCAGCGUUCAGCAGCAGAUCCCCACCAAACUUGCCGCCCUCAGCAAGGGCAAGGAGAAGAGCGGCAAGGGCAAGAGUUCCCAUCGUACCGACAGUUUGGCGUCUGUGGACAUGAAGCAGAUGCUGCCCAUCAAGCUGUCAGCGAGGGAUUCAGACGGAGGUCACAAAACCCGCCGACCCAUCAGCCCUCACCAACCUCAGCAUUCUCACUCAGAUUCCCUCAGCCCUCCAGACGCUUAUUCUGAUGCCCAGUCUAGCCUCGCGCCAGCCCUUCCCAAAACCCACAACCAGACCUCCCAGCAAACCCUACCGUACACUGUUAGCGAUGAAGGCGCUAAGGAGGACGUUAUCUUUUUCUGAACGCCGCACUGUUUAUGUUGACAUUUUGAGCCUGUCUUAAACUACUAAUGAGUUGGAGCUGGAAUUUGUGAAGGAAAAAAAUGUCCAGAAAACCCAAAGACUUUCUGUGAAUGAAGUUAACUAGCAUGAAGAAAACUGUAGCAUGUGAAGGAUAAAUUGGCGUGUUUUUUGGGUCGCAAUUUUGCACAGCGCUAAUGUUCCAGUGUUUGGGAUGACAGUUUUCUCCUGGGUCUGUUCAGUUUUGGUUGUAGUAUGUUGUGGUCAAUCUGGAACAUUAUUGCUUAUGGAUAAGGACAAAUGGAUUAAAAGGUUUGACAUUUCGGUAACUGUUCUCAUUGAGUCCAGGAUAUUGUUUUUUGAUUUGGACCGUACACUGUAGACAAAUGUGCUGGAUUUGAACCUAGAUUGUUUUAUUGAAGUAAAGCCUUCAUUUCAAUGGUCAUUUUAUUCAUGGGGUUUUGUCUUUCUAGAGAUUUAUUCCCAAUUAUUACCAAAAAACGUGAAGAGAAUGCUGUUUUAUUACUUUGUUAGUCUGUCCUCAAAAUGAAGGGAGCAAAUGAUCUUGAUAUUUUGAGAUUACACUCAAACUAAAAUCAGACGAAGGAUGCGAAUAUUUUAUAUAAUAAAUUAAUCCUGUUUUCAUCAUUCCAAAUGAUCAAAAAAUCAAUCCAAGACAUGAUUUUGUAUAAAAUCAUAAUUGAUCAAUACCGCAAGGCAAUAACAUUUUCAUUACUGUGAUAUAAAGUAGUUUGACAAUGAUUUUUUUUGUUAACACCAGAUGUGGAACGCACUAAUAAAUCGCACCAUUCACACGUAAAUAGACGCAUGAGCAUUUUAAGUUUACUUGCUUCAUUUGCGCGUCAAAUUUGCUUCAUUUGCAUGUCAAAUUCGCUUCACAAUAGACAUAAAUUCGCAUCAUGGGCAGGGCUUCUAUCUGCCCGGUGACUCUAGCUUCGUUGCUAAAUGGCUAACAUGUAUUUUAUUGAGAGAAUAGCUGUGUUAUUUAACAACAGGCGCUAUGUCAUAAUCACGCCCCUACAAGAAAAUGUUCCUGAUUGGUUAAUGCGGCGCAAAUGGCCGCUGAAGUUCAGAUUUUCCAACUCAAACAAUAUGCGUGUUAAGCAUUCAAAACGUUCAACUUGCGCCGAUUCAUUCGACCGAAUCGUGACAUUCGCGCCGCAUAAUCCGCGUGAAACAUGGUGCUGGAUGUCUAUUCGUGUAUUUACAUAGGCUUAACAUGUAAAUCACUUGCGCUUGACGCUUCAUCCAUGUCUGGUGUGAACGCAGCUUCAGUGUACUGUACAUCAGUGGUCCCCAACCUUUUUAUCACCGCGGACCGAUCAACACUUGACAAUUUUGGCAUUUAGGGGAUAAGGGGGUUGCUAGGUGCCCAUCAAUAGUUUUCUCAGAUGAUGAUAACGAAAUAUUGCUGCAGCUCUGAUACAAGUUUUAUUUAUGGAGAAAAUUAAAAAGCUCUGCAGUGUUUGGGUGUUCUGUGUUUGUCUGAGGUAAUUAGUCUACUGAAAUGUAUAAAAAGUAUGAAGCUGAUUGGUCAGUUCUUGUCUCGUGACUCAUGGUGCAUUCGUGGCAUUCUGAAAAACUGCAAUGUUUUCAACUGAGUGCGCCUGGAAAACGCGAGCACGUCGCUCCCAAUAUGCUUUCACAAGCAUUGCGCCUCCAUUGGAUAUGCUUGUGCACAGAAAAAACGCGAUGUGAACAAGGUCAACGUCGUUUGCAUUCGCCGUCUAUAGCAAUUGAUCUUUUUCUUGCACAGACAUGCUGAAUUCUUGUGGCUUAUAUUUUGUUGCUUAAGUGACCGAGCUACAACCUAUAGAAUACAGUAAUUUUUCAAAAUAAAAGAUCGUUCAGACUCGGAUAAUAAAUAAAACGGAAAUAAUUAAUGAUUUCUUGUGCGGCCCAGGAUAAAUUGAUCUACAGAUCGCGGCACGGGGGUUGGGGACCACUGCUGCACAUCAUGGAAAUAUUUACUUCACUGUAAUCUUUUAAUAUUUGGACAAAAGAAAUGACAGGAAUGAUAUUUUUGUUGGAUAAUUCCUUUUUUUGCAUUGCGGUAAUGAAAUGCACGUAGUCCAAAAUAGGUUUUAUUUUCUGUUCUAAAUUAAGACCAUAUUUUAUUAUUAACAAUCCGAACAAAAAAACGUCUCUAAACAAUUACAGAAAUGACCAUAACAUUUUAUUGGUUCAUUUGUUUUUAAGCAUUACGGUAAUAAAAUUUGAAUAGUCCUAAAUAGUGGGGAUUUCAGAUUCGUGCCAAACCUGAGUAGUUUGUCUUUUUUAACAUUAAAUAUUGUUUAUACAUUUUUUGUGUCGCUUUCCUCCCCCACCCAAGGCUUAAAAAUUUCCACAGUCAAGAAAGAAAUAUGUCUUUUAACCUUGUUUGCUCUUAACAGAUUUACUCAUUGGCAUUGCCUCUUUUCUUAUGACCCACAUUCAUUCCAUUCCACAUCUAAUUUAAGUCCCUGAAGUUGUCAAGUAUGUCCUCUGUUCUCGAGCCAAGCACAGAAACAGCUUCAUGAUGUAACACUUACUCUAGAUUUCAGAGUAAAGCCACCAAAGACUGAGGAUCGUUUCUAAAUCUAACCCUAGAGUCACUGAACAAUCUCUUCGUUUCCUGCGACCGUGUGAUUUAUAUGUAUAUGUUGUGCAUAAUUUUCUUCUAACAUAGAUAUGAGAUGUAGAUAUUAUGUGAUUGUGACCAUCACAGAUGGUUAUGGCACUCGAUUGGGGUAUAAUUUUAUUUGAUUGUCGUGUGUUAUUCAUUUUUUAAUAUUUUAGUUUCAAAGAGACCCACAAUACAUUGCUUUCAGAUAACAUUUCUCCAUGUUGUAAAAAGUGUUUUUAAUGUUAUUCAUCCUAGAUUUGGGGUUUCUAAAGGCUUUUCUGUGGUGCAAGUUUUCAAAUUGUAGCAGGUUGGUUUUUGACCAUCAAUGAAGCAUGAAUGUCGAAUGAUGUUGAUGAAAUCUUAAUGAAGUCAAUGACUAAAUGCUGUUAGUUUCACUUCUUUAGCUACACCGCACUUUACAUCUAAAUCAAUUGUCCUCUUUGAUUUCUUGUACAAAAGUGAAACAAAAAUCCAUCAUGUCGCUUUAAAUUGUCCAGCAAUUAUUGUGACUGUAUCGUCUUGCUGUUUUUGAUUGUACAAUUGGUCAAAUUGUCAAAUUAUUUCCGAUAUGUCAAAAAAUAUAUGAUUUUUCUGUUUAUAGUUACACUAGCCACUUUUUAAAUACCAGCAUACUGUAAGGGGACCUCAAGUGUUAAUGUUUCUGAUAUGUCAUGUCUUAAGUUUUUAGCACGCAAGGCCAGUGUGAUUUUUGUUUUUUUUUUCUACCACAGCACUGUACUCACUGUACCGAAAUUUUAAAAGAUAGACAUACUUGUGAACACUUAAAACUGCUGCCUUUAGAGACAUUUUAGUAAUAAAACAAGUGGAAAAUAA